UGGUUUGUUCUUUCUCUCAAGGUUAAUCUGAAGCGACCAUGUCCUUUCUGGGCAGAUGAUGGCCACUGCUCAAUAAAAGACUGCCAUGUGGAGCCCUGUCCAGAGAGUAAAAUUCCAGUUGGAAUUAAAGCUGGGCAUUCAAAUAAGUACUUGCAAGCAGCAAAUAAUACCAAAGAACUGGAAGACUGUGAGCAAGCCAGUAAACUGGGAGCUGUGAACAGCACAUUGAGUAAUCAAAGCAAAGAAGCAUUCAUUGACUGGGCAAGAUACGAUGACUCACAGGAUCACUUCUGUGAACUUGAUGAUGAGCGAUCUCCUGCUGCACAGUAUGUGGACCUGCUGCUGAACCCCGAGCGGUACACAGGCUACAAGGGUUCCUCGGCCUGGAGGGUGUGGAACAGCAUCUACGAAGAAAACUGCUUCAAGCCUCGAUCUGUGUAUCGUCCUUUAAAUCCUCUGGCACCCAGUCGAGGUGAAGAUGAUGGAGAAUCAUUCUACACAUGGCUAGAAGGUUUAUGUCUUGAGAAAAGAGUCUUCUAUAAGCUUAUAUCAGGACUUCAUGCCAGCAUCAAUUUACAUCUGUGUGUAAAUUAUCUUUUGGAAGAAACCUGGGGUAAGCCAAGUUGGGGACCUAAUGUCAAAGAAUUUAAACGCCGCUUUGACUCUGUGGAGACAAAGGGGGAAGGUCCAAGAAGGCUUAAGAACCUGUACUUUUUGUACUUGAUUGAACUUCGAGCUUUGUCAAAGGUGGCCCCUUAUUUUGAACGAUCCAUUGUUGGUCUUUACACUGGCAACUUGGAGGAAGAUGCAGACACCAAGACCCUUCUGCUCAGCAUCUUUCAGGACACAAAGUCCUUUCCCAUGCACUUCGAUGAGAAAUCCAUGUUUGCAGGUGACAAAAAGGGGGCCAAGUCAUUAAAGGAGGAGUUCCGGUUACAUUUCAAGAACAUCUCCCGCAUCAUGGACUGUGUGGGGUGCGACAAGUGCAGACUGUGGGGGAAACUUCAGACUCAGGGUUUAGGAACUGCCUUGAAGAUACUAUUCUCUGAAAAAGAAAUCCAAAAACUUCCAGAGAACAGUCCGUCAAAAGGCUUCCAGCUCACUCGGCAGGAAAUAGUUGCUCUUUUAAAUGCUUUUGGAAGGCUUUCUACAAGCAUAAGAGAGUUACAGAACUUUAAAGCUUUACUGAAGCACAGUAGGUGAUGAAGGCAUUUCUGUGUCUCCUUGGACAUAAUGGAGUAUGUGAAGCCUUUUGGCCUUGCACAGUCAGCAGAUGGGCUAAGCGUCUAAGAUUUAAAGAAUUCUGAACUGCAAAAUUCAAAUGUUCACUUGAAUAUUUAUGAUCUUUAUUAGCUUAUUGGCUAGAGAUAUUUAUAAAUGAAGUAUAUACUUUAAAACAUGUAAGUUAUACUAAUCCUGUUUAAUUUCAUGUGCGUUCCCAUCUGUUGCAUAGUCUGCCAUUCUGUUUCAAGUUGGUUUUGUUCAUAUUGUAUUACCUUCAUUUCCAGUUGUCAAACUUUAAAUAACUGUCUCUGUCCUGAGAAGACUGUUCAGUCUAUUACAGAAAAAGAACUAGGGAGCAGGUGUUGCCUAGGGCUGGUCUCAAGUGACAAAUUUGUCUGUGAUUUAGUUAGUGUUUUUUAGCCUUGCCUAGCACCGUGUGUCAUCGUCUGAAAUACAGGGCUGUCAAAUGUGGUGAAUAGCCCUUUUGGUGACCAGUGACAGGUUCUGGAAGAUUCCCCAGGACUUCAGCAGUUUUGAGAGUUUUUAGUUGCUGUUGCUGCUUUGGUUUUGGCCUAAAGGACCUACCUUGGCAAAGGAGGUUUAGUGCUCUCUCUCGCUCAGUCGACCAGGUGUCCUGUGUGCACCAGGCUGGCUCACUGACCCCCUUUACAAUGAGCGCCCUCCUUCUGACUUCCUUCUCUGUUCCUCCUAAUUACAGACACUUUCAGUUAUUUUAUGACAACCCCUAUUUAUUUAAUGGAUUAUUUCUUCAUAAAAUUUGGUUAAAAUGGGAUGAGUUUAUAAUGCAAUUAAAAGCAUUAUAUACACAAAUUUUGUUGUUUUAAGGUGUUUUUAAAGAUUGGAUUAUUUCUUCAUAAAAUUUGGUUAAAAUGGGAUGAGUUUAUAAUGCAAUUAAAAGCAUUAUAUACACAAAUUUUGUUGUUUUAAGGUGUUUUUAAAGAUUUAAUUCUGAAUGCAGUCUAUGCAGUCCUCUCCCUCUCCCUGUGAUUCUCUCUGGUCACUAUAUCAGCAGGUUGUCUGCGCUUCUCCCCUCCUCUCUUGAGUUCAUCCCAUGUCAGUGGUCCUUGGUGUGACUGCUCCACUGGAGAACUUACAGGCCCUAGACCGUCAUUUUCUAAACCUGGGACUUAAAGUCUUUAAGUACUUUAAAUCUUGGGGUUUUUUUGUUGGUUUUGUUUGUUUUUUUGUUUUUUAAGGUGGCCGUGGAUAUAAAUGGGAUUACUUGAAAGGUUGUGUCUGUGUGGAAGGAAUUGGGUACAAAGUCUAGUUUCUCCUUUGACUUCUGUCUUUUCUGAAGUAAACAAUAAGUGCUCUUAAGCCCACAUCUUAGCCUGCCAAAGCCUGAACUGUGUUCAUUGCCCGUUUUGUGGCAUGUUUCAAAUUGUAUUUGGUUGGCUCACCCUCUCGCAAAGCUGCCUAGCCAUCCAGUGGAGGCAUGUGAUUGGGGGACUGAAGUCUCAUGAGCUAUUUCCUUCUUUCCAACCUUUGUAAACUUGGGAUUUUGUUGGUAGUGUGGUGGGUUUUGUAGAUUGAAAUUUUUUUAAGCUGGCUUGCAGUUUUCUUCUUUUUCUGUGCUUUUUAAGGUUGCAACUACUAUGAACUCAGAGAGGGCGAGUUGAAGCAAAGUCUACACAGCAGUGCCGGUUAGUAAGAGCUGUUCUUAGUGUCGAUUCAGGGUUUUUUAAAAUGUGAAAAUUUUGCACUUUGUCUCUUUUCAAUGCAGAGGUCUUUUUGGUAAUGCCAUUUCACCAUCCUUGCUCAUUUCCAUUUGUUUAAUUUUUCUUUACUGUGAUUUGUUUCAAGCUUAGGACAGAUGGUCAUACUAGACUGUAUUCUAUAAAAGAUCUAGUUAGAGGGGUCUUCUCAAGGUUUUAUGAAGUUUUCAAUAAGGGAAGUAUUCUGGCAUUCAUCAGAUUCGCUUUAUUUUUACCAUAGAUUAGGAUAGCAGGGGUGGCCUACACUUCAGUGCAUAUUCAAGGAUUGAUUGUGCAAACUCAAGGAGCCUGUUUCAUGGACCGCAAUGAGUUUUGGUCUCUUGAUGACGGUCUUCUAGUUCUGUCCCCUGUGCUGGGUGGGAAUACAGGAGCACUGUUUGCAUUAUGGAAAUGUCUGGCUGGUUUGUCUCUUGGCGUUUUGUCUGUAUUUUGUCAUCUAAUGAAAACCUCCAGCACUUGGCAGUAGAGCUGACGGAGGUGAUUGUACCAGCUGGUGAGGAAAUGAGCAUGAAGGGACCGGGUGCUUUCCUCCAGUAGCUUACACUGACUUCCCUUCCAUGUUACCUGUACAGGCUACACUGGUGAGUUCCCAGUGUUCCUCCUGUUUUGAUUCUUAGAUUACGAGGAAGAUCAGACAAAAUAAGAGAUUUCAGUUUCAAAAUUUGACAAGUCACAUAACGUUGGGACAGUGUGUUGUGACGGUAUACAUCGUGUGGUCUCAUGUGUAAGAAACUGCUGUGUUCCUCAGCCUUGCCUAGGUGCCAUAUAUGUAGGGAAGAGCAGCUAAGCUAGUCUUCCUCAGCCUAGCCUCCAGCUGGACACGAGAACAGCUCAGUAAGUCUGGCAGCGGUGCGCACGCCAGAGCACCGCAGCACUGUGUCCAGAAGACACAGGCUAGGCGCAUGCCCUGGAAAUUCCUUGUACAAAACCUAGCUUAUAAAUCCAUGUGUCCUCUGUCUGAAAGAACCACCUACAAGUGCAGCUUUGAUUUUUCUGAAUAGAAUUCUAAGUAAUUUGCCGACGUACCCACCAGACUCUAGACCAUGUGAAUUAAAAGUCCUUGUUUCUGCAGUCUU